AUUUUCAUAGUUGUAGAAGCACGCGCAUCCCGAAAGUAAGAUUAAGAAAAUAAGAAAAAUCUCCUCGAAAUGAAAAUUCAUCCCUUACAAACUGAUUUCCCCAACCUGUUGCGGGACACGCAACACAUUCGUGGACUACUGACGCUCGGCAAAAAAAUCAAUUUAUCGAUGACCGUGGCUGUCAUCAACCCCACCUUACUCAUAAUGCAUACAGGGCAUAAGCAACAACUCAGAAGGGGUCGAACCCUCUUUGAAAAAUAUUAAAUGCACUUUCGUUCUCCCUUUCGAUUACGGGCGCAAGCGCAGUAUCAUUUUCCAUUUGAAUCGUCAUCGAGCCACCAGCGUUUAGUAGCGGGCGAGCUGUUGAGCAUCGACGAUGCAAAGACAAAAGUCCGUCAUGACGAAGCGCGGCCACGAGAAAAACUUGAAGCUGAGCAUUCAGUGGAACCGUUGGUUGCUAAUACCGAUCGGCGUUUGGCCGAAUUUGCGUAGAUCGAUAGCGGGGAAAUACUUCUCCUGGCUGAUUAAUAUCAUUUGCUUCGGCUUAAUCGGCUUCAUGCUCGUCUCCUGCGGCCUCUUCCUGCUCAUGGAGGUGAAACAAGCGUACAAUCAAAUCAAAAUGAUCGGCCCGCUGAGCUUCUUCACCAUGACGUUCAUGAAGUACUAUCUGUUGAUACUUCACGAGAGUGACAUUCGCGAGGGCGUGAAACGCAUCGAAUGGGACUGGAAGAACAUCGAGCACCAAGAUGACAAAAACAUCAUGACAGAGCACGCGAGUUACGGAAGGAGAUUAGUGACCAUCUGCACCUUCUUCAUGUACAGCGCUUUCGCGUUUUAUUACCUGGUCGUGCCUCUCAGCAUGGGAAGAGUCGUCAUCGAGGAUGCAAACUUGAGUUUCAUCGCGUUGCCAUUUCCCGCGUCGAGCUUGAUCGCCGAUACACGUCGCAGCCCGAGCAACGAGAUCGUCUACACCAUCCAAGUCCUGACAGGUGUGGUGAUGCACGCUAUAACAUCAGGGGCAUGCAGCAUCGCCGCCGUUUUCGCGGUGCACGCUUGCGGCCAGAUGCAAGUGUUGAUGAAUUGGCUGAGUCAUUUGGUUGACGGCCGGUCCGACAUGAGCAACACCGUGGAAGGAAGAAUGGCCACGAUCGUCACCCAACACGAUCGGGUACUGAAAUUUAUGGCACUCACCGAAAGAGCGAUUCAACAAAUAUCGUUCGUAGAGUUUUUGGGCUGCAUGGCGAAUAUGUGCCUCCUCGGUUAUUACGCUAUAGUGGAAUGGAAUCCGAAAGAUUUAAUGCUCACGAUAACUUAUCUGUCUCUAAUCAUAUCGCUCACCUUCAAUAUUUUUAUAUUUUGUUAUAUAGGCGAACUAGUUGCCGAACAGUGUAGAAAAGUUGGUGAAAUGACGUACAUGAUCGACUGGUAUCGACUAUCGGGCAAAAAGAAACUUGGAUGCAUUUUGAUCAUUGCCAUGUCCAAUUCGUCAAUGAAGUUCACGGCGGGAAAUAUGAUUGAAUUAUCUAUCAACACAUUCAGCGAUGUCGUUAAAACGGCGGUGGCUUUCUUAAACAUGUUGCGACAGCGGUCUGUCAUGUCCAAGCUUGUUGAAAUUUCUCACGAGAGAAAUGUGAAUCUGAGCAUUCAGUGGAAUCGUUGGUUGCUAAUACCGAUCGGUGCUUGGCCGAGCACGCGUGAAACGAUAACAAGAAAAUACAUUCCUCGGCUGAUUAAUAUUAUUUGCUUCGCUCUCAUCAUAUUCAUGUUCGUGUCUUGCAGCCUGUUUCUGAUCGUAGAGGUAGAGCAAGUGUACAAUCAAAUCAGAAUGAUCGGGCCAUUGAGCUUCUUCAUGAUGACGUUCAUGAAGUACUAUCUGCUGAUACUUCACAAGGACGACAUACGCGAGGGCAUCGAACGCAUCGAAUGGGACUGGAAGAACAUCGAGCAUCACGAGGACAAGAACAUCAUGCUACAGCACGCGACUUACGGAAGAAAGAUAGUGGCUGUCUGCACUUUCUUCGUGUACAGCGCCUUUGCGUUCUACUACAUCGCCGUGCCUGUCAGCGUGGGCAAAGUUGUCGCCGAGGGUGGAAAUUUCAGUUACACGCCGUUACCGUUCCCCGCUUCGAGAUUGAUCGCCGACGUGUAUCACAGCCCCAGCAACGAAAUCAUCCAUUCCAUCCAAGUCCUCACAGGCAUGGUGAUGCACUCUGUGACGUCAGCGGCUUGCAGCAUCGCCGCCGUGUUCGCGGUGCACGCUUGCGGUCAGAUGCAAGUAUUGAUAAACUGGCUGGGAUACUUGGUUGACGGCCGGCCCGACAUGAGCAACACCGUCGAAGGCAGGAUGGCCACGAUCGUCAGCCAACAUGAUCGGAUACUGAAAUUUAUCGCACUCACCGAAAAAGCGAUGCAACAAAUAUCGUUCGUAGAAUUUUUAGGCUGUAUGAUGAACAUGUGCCUUCUAGGAUAUUACGCCAUAAUGGAAUGGAAUUCGAAAGACGCAAUGUUUGUGAUAACUUACAUGUCCUUAAUGAUGUCGUUCACCUUCAAUAUUUUUAUAUUCUGUUAUAUAGGUGAACUAGUUGCCGAACAGUGCAGCAAGGUCGGUGAGAUGACAUACAUGAUCGACUGGUAUCGACUGACCGGCAAAAAGAAACUUGGAUGCAUUUUGAUCAUUGCCAUGUCCAAUUCGUCAACGAAAUUCACAGCAGGAAACAUGGUUGAAUUAUCCAUCAAUACUUUCAGCGAUGUUGUUAAAACGGCGGUGGCUUUCUUAAACAUGUUGCGAGCAAUGACGUGAAUAUUUUUGUAUAAAUAUAGACGCUCAUGUUCGAUAAUAUAUAGACACUCGCUGUUAAAAGUGUUUAUAUGCUAAAUGUAUUUGUUUUCGGCAAAAUGGGCU